AUGACUUUCGCAGACAUUUCGCACUUUACCUUGGAUGAGAAACUACGAUUAUUUCCAGCCGAGUCCCGAACUUUGCUCCGUCCUGCGCUCCUGUCUAUUCUCCAAUCCAAAGCAGGCGCCACCAACGAUCCCCGCAAAUCUGGGACACUUCGUUCCCGCCGACUCCAUUUCCUCAAGUUUUGCUAUGAUAUGAACCUGCGCGACGACUAUUUAAUGAAUGGCCCUGACUUCCCUCACGAACGCCGCGUCGCAACCUUUGCACUCUACACAGUGGCACUUGCUACCGGUCGCACAAUUAAAGGCCAAUACAUCAAGUCUGCCACAAUCAAGCAGUACCUCCAUGCGGCAGCAUCUUUUAUCUGCCUUUUCACCGGUCGUGAUCCCCGAUACAACAACCCGAGCGACACCAAAAUGUCACCUGAUAUUCAUGCCACCAUUGCUGAAGUGGAGCGCCAUGAAAACGUUCCCAAUAAACUUGAGCCCUACACCCUCGACAUGCAACAACACCUCGAGCACCACAAUAUCGACACCAAAGCCCACCGAGACGGUCUCUGGAAAACAUGUGAAGACUGGAACAGUAUCGGCCUCCUCGACGGCCACCGCCUGUCCGAGUGUGCCCAAACUUCCGCCAACAAAAAUAUUGGCGACCAAGCAACCUUUGACGGAAUUUCCAUUGCAUUUUGUGUCGAAGAUGUAACCUGUUACGACAAGUCCAAAGGCAGAGUAUCCAUUUCCGACUUCCUUCAGAAUCCAGACCUUGUUUGGCGCAUAAAAACGGGUUUCUCCCAUCGGAAGAACGGUAACCAUGGGGAAGAAAAACUUUUUAUUCGCAGCGAAAAGUCACCACUCCGUUGCUACAUCCGUCGGAUGCAUUCCAUCCUUUCCCGGUUUGACCGAUUAAUCGGAAUCACCACAACC